AUGCUAUUUCCCAAGUCUCCACCCACUAGGACGGGUAUAAAAAGACCACGAAGGAAGGAGAGACUCAAACCUACCCACAUCUACCGUCAGCAGCUUGCCACUGUCCCAAGCCCUCCCAUCACCUUUCCCAACACCAUGUCUUGCACCUCUUGCCUGCCCGCCCUGAGCUGCCGCACCAGCUGCUCCUCCCGGCCCUGCGUGCCCCCCAGCUGCCAUGGCUGCACCCUGCCAGGGGCCUGCAACAUCCCCGCCAACGUCGGCAACUGUAAUUGGUUCUGCGAGGGCUCCUUCAAUGGCAGCGAGAAGGAGACUAUGCAGCAACUGAAUGACCGCCUGGCCUCCUACAUAGAGAAGGUGAGGCAGCUGGAGAGAGACAAUGCAGAGCUGGAAAGCCAGAUCCAGCAGAGGAACCAGCAGCAGGACCCCCUGGUGUGCCCUGCCUACCAGUCCUACUUCAGGACCAUCGAGGAGCUGCAGCAGAAGAUCCUGUGUGCCAAGUCUGAGAAUGCCAGGCUGGCCGUGCAGAUCGACAAUGCCAAGCUGGCCUCUGAUGACUUCAGGACCAAGUACCAGACGGAGCUGUCCCUGCGGCAGCUGGUGGAGGCUGACAUCAACAGCCUCCGUAGGAUCCUGGACGAGCUGACCCUCUGCAAGUCUGACCUGGAGGCGCAGGUCGAGUCCCUGAAGGAGGAGCUGCUGUGCCUCAAGAAGAACCAUGAGGAGGAAGUCAACACCCUGCGCUGCCAGCUUGGAGACCGCCUCAACAUAGAGGUGGAUGCUGCUCCCACCGUGGACCUGAACCGCGUGCUCAAUGAGACCAGGUGUCAGUACGAGGCCCUGGUGGAAACUAACCGCCGGGAAGUGGAGGAAUGGUUCACCACACAGACUGAGGAGCUGAACAAGCAGGUGGUAUCCAGCUCUGAGCAGCUGCAGUCCUGCCAGGCAGAGAUCAUCGAGCUGAGACGCACGGUCAACGCCCUGGAGAUCGAGCUGCAGGCCCAGCACAACAUGAGAAACAGCCUGGAGAACACUCUGACUGAGAGCGAGGCUCGCUACAGCUCCCAGCUGGCCCAGGUGCAGUGCCUGAUCACCAACGUGGAGUCCCAGCUUGGGGAGAUCCGUGCUGACCUGGAGCGUCAGAACCAGGAGUACCAGGUGCUGCUGGACAUCCGGUCCCGUCUGGAGUGCGAGAUCAACACGUACAGGAGCCUGCUGGAGAGCGAGGACUGCAACCUUCCUUGCAACCCAUGCGCCACCACCAAUGCUACCGGUGGCUCCUGUGGAUCUUGCUGCGGCUCUCAAAAGCGCUGCUGUUAG